GUUCAUUAGAACUGGGUUGUGAAGUUUGUCUAUGCAUGGAUAUACAUAGACAUAUAUACAUACAUACGGUCUUUGCGAUCCCACCCCUGAUGUCCCUGACCAUAAUCCCGUCCAGCUGCCCAACCAAGUGCCAAAAAGUGAAAAGGAAAUGACGUCACGACGACCCCCAUAGAACAUAUAGUAACACAGUCAGUCACUCACUGUACUCGACGCACGCCAAGCCGACUAGCUAGCUGUGGCUGGACAACCUACUCUUACCAUCCAAUCAUGCACUGCACACCACACCCUUACGUACACGAUAUACGUACAUCAGCACACACACACACACACACAUCGACAGCCGUGGCACAACUCUGAUGCUUUUCGUCCUUGCCUGCCCCUGCCUGGCAGCCCUUGCUCGUGUGUCGUGUCUGUCUAACACACCCAGGCAUGAGGCCGAUGAAUAAACGAGACGAACAAGAAAAACGACAAAUAGGUCAGUCAGUAAAGAUGGCUGGCUGGCAGCUCAUGCAUCGAUGGAUGCCAUGCCACGGCUGCAUCCAUGCAUGAGCUGUCUGCCUUGCAUCCGUACGAUGAGUCUGAGGGGGCGGGUGUCACACCCACCCACUCCCAAGAAAGGGGUCCCCGCUCCCACACUGUCUGGCUGGCUGUGUGACCUGGCAAAGUGACGUAAGUAAAGAAAAAUGAGGUGACAGGAGAGGACAAGACAGGACAGGACAUAGGACAUGACAUGCCCAGGGAGCGGCUCGCAAGACACCAUGUGGACUGGCUGGCUGGCUGACGGAACGACCUGUCUGGGCAUCAGCACGCAGGCACACGCAGGCAAACAUCACACUCACACAUACAAACCGGCACAUGCAGGCAGGCAGGCAGACGGACAUCAGUCCCCCCUCAGCGCCCUGUAUCCACCCUUCUUGCCGCCGUACGAGUAGCUCUUCUUAAUGUGAGUCGGCGGGGCCUUCUUGGGCGGCGGGGUCUUCUUGGGUGGCGGCUUCUUCUUGGGCGCGGGCGUAGUGGUGUGUUCCUUCUUCGGUGGGGGUGGCGCCUUCUUGCCGUAAUAAGAGGAAGAGUGGCCACCGGUGCCCAGCUCACGCACGUCGGCAUCUGCACCACAGACAGAAAGACAGAGAGAGAGAGAGAGACACACAGACAGAGAGGAGGAGAGUGAACAAUGAGUGUCACGCCGUCCAUCCAUCCAUCCAUCCAUGUAUGUGUGUGCGGGCGGGCUGGCGGGCGGGCCGUCGAUCGUGCAAUGUGUGUGUGACAUGCUUGAUACACGUACGUACCGUCAGUCACAUCCUCCUCCUGGAGCUCCCUGUAUCCGCCCUUCUUGCCGCCGUACGAGUAGCUCUUCUUGGUGUGAGUCGGCGGGGCCUUCUUGGGCGGCGGGGUCUUCUUGGGUGGCGGCUCCUUCUUGGGCGCGGGCGUAGUGGUGUGUUCCUUCUUCGGUGGGGGUGGCGCCUUCUUGCCGUAAUAAGAGGAAGAGUGGCCACCGGUGCCCAGCUCACGCACGUCGGCAUCUGCACCACAGACAGACAGACAGAGAGAGAGAGAGACACAGACAGAGAGGAGGAGAGUGAACAAUGAGUGUCACGCCGUCCAUCCAUCCAUCCGUCCAUCCAUCCGUCCAUCCAUCCGUCCAUCCAUCCGUCCAUGUGUGUGUGUGUGCGGGCGGGCGUGUGUGUGUGUGCGGGCGGGCGGGCGGGCCGUCGACCGUGCAAUGUGUGUGACAUGCUUGAUACACGUACGUACCGUCAGUCACAUCCUCCUCCUGGAGCUCCCUGUAUCCGCCCUUCUUGCCGCCGUACGAGUAGCUCUUCUUGGUGUGAGUCGGCGGGGCCUUCUUGGGCGGCGGGGUCUUCUUGGGUGGCGGCUCCUUCUUGGGCGCGGGCGUAGUGGUGUGUUCCUUCUUCGGUGGGGGUGGCGCCUUCUUGCCGUAAUAAGAGGAAGAGUGGCCACCGGUGCCCAGCUCACGCACGUCGGCAUCUGCACCACACACAAGACAUACCAAGAACAUACGGAUGGGAUGGGAUGUAUGUGGGCAGGGCGUGCCGUCGGUUGCUGACCAUCUGCCGUCAUGAUCGUGUCAUCAGCCGUCUGGAUAUCCAUUCGAAGAACCAACGCAACGAAGACGUGUGACGUGUGCACUGUGAGGUCUGUUUGUCUGACACAGAAUGAAGUGUGCUUCUCUGACCACGUCAUUAAUGUCCUCGGCGGCUGUUUCCGUGAGCUCCCUCGCCGGCUCUUCCUCCUGGGGCACACAAACAACACAGCACACACGUUCGGGAGAUGCCACCCCACCGACCCAUGUACUAGAUCAGCCAGCCUCUCUCUUCAUUGCCCCACACCCAUCCACGCAGGGCCGGGGUGCAGGCACUCGCUGUGUCGUCCAUGCACUCAGAUCUUACCGGGACGGCACAUGCGAAGGCCAGCAGGCCCAGGGCAACGCAGGCGAGGAGCUUCAUGACGGCCGGUGCACUCACAGACGACAGACCUGGGGAGGAGGGCGGAUUCCCAGGAGAUCCGAUGAAUGGCAG